AUGAGGAAGCCGGAAACGCGGAUGGGUGGGGAGCCUGGCCAGGGCCCUGGCAGCAGCUCCCCAGCUGAGCAGGUGAAAGCCCUUGUGGACCUGCUGGCCGGGAAGGGCAGUCAAGGCCCUCAGGCCCUGCAGGCCCCCAGCAGGAUGCCGGACUCUCUGCUGGGGACCCAUGGUAACAAGCUGCGGCUACAGAGGCACCGCGAGGCCCUGCUGAGCCGAGCAGGAGGUGGCCCAGAGCCAGGCGGCCCCCCGCCCCGGCUGACCAGCCUCCUGCUGGUGGAGGGCCUGACAGACCUGCAGCUGAGGGAACACGACUUCACGCAGGUGGAGACCACCCGCGGGGGCCAGCGACCCACCAGGACCAUCCCCCUGGACAGGCUGUUCCUGCCCCUGUCCCGGGUGUCCAUCCCGCCCCGUGUCUCCAUCACCGUCGGGGUGGCGGGCAUGGGCAAGACCACCCUGGUGAGGCACUUUGUUCGCCUCUGGGCCGGGGGGCAGGUGGGCAAGGACUUCUCGCUGGUGCUGCCCCUGACCUUCCGGGACCUCAACACCUACGAGAAGCUGUGCGUGGACAGGCUUGUCUGCUCUGCCUUCCCGCACAUCGGGGAGUCCGGGCUGGCUGUGGCGGCCCCAGCCAGGGUCCUUCUCAUCCUGGAUGGCUUGGAUGAGUGCAAGACACCCCUGGACUUCUCUAACACCGUGGCUUGCACGGAUCCCAAGAAGGAGAUCCAGGUGGACCACCUGAUCACCAACAUCAUCCGAGGCAAUCUCUUUCCAGAAGUCUCUGUCUGGAUCACAUCCCGGCCCGGUGCCGCCGGCCAAAUCCCAGGCGGCCUGGUGGACCGGAUGACGGAGAUCCGGGGCUUCACGCAGCCGGAGAUGGAGGAGUGUCUGCAGCAGGUGUUCCCUGAGGACCAGAGCCUGCCGGGCUGGGUCCUGAGCCAGGUGCGGGCCAACCAGGCGCUGUACCUCAUGUGCGCCGUGCCGGCCUUCUGCCAGCUCGCGGGCGCGGCGCUGGGCCACUCGCGCCGCAGCAGGCUGGCAUGCCAGGACACAGCGCCGUGGCCUCCCAGGACCCUGGCUGAGCUUUACGCUUGGUACUUUAGGAUGGCCCUGAGCAGGGAGGGGCAGGACAAGGGCAAGGCCAGCCCUCGGAUCGAGCAGCUGGCCCAGGGCGGCCGCAGGCUGGUGGGGACCCUGGGCCGGCUGGCCUUCCACGGGCUGGUGAAGAAGAAGUACGUAUUCUACGAGCAGGACAUGAAGGCGCUCGGUGUGGACCUGGCUCUGCUGCAGGGGGCCCUGUGCAGCUGCUUCCUGCAGCGCGAGGAGACGCUGGCCUCCUCAGCCGCCUACUGCUUUGCCCACCUGUCCCUGCAGGAGUUCGUGGCAGCCACCUACUACUAUGGUGCGUCCAAGAGGGCCAUCUUCGACCUCUUCACGGAGAGUGGCGUGUCCUGGCCCAGGCUGGGCUUCCUCACGCACUUCCGGAGCGCGGCCCAGCGGGCCAUGCAGGCUGAGGACGGCCGGCUAGACGUGUUCCUGCGCUUCCUCUCGGGCCUCUUGUCACCCAGGGUCAACACGCUGCUGGCCGGCUCCCUGCUGGCCCCAGGGGAGCACGAGAGCUACCGGGCACAGGCAGCCGAGCUCCUGCAGGGCUGCCUGCGCCCCGGGGCUGCCGUUGGUGCCCAGGCGGUGAAUGUCCUGCGCUGUCUACAUGAGCUGCAGUGCACGGAGCUGGCCCACAGCGUGCAGGAGGCCAUGGAGCGUGGGGCCCUGGCUGGGCUGAGCAGCCCCUCGCACGGCGCUGCCCUGGCCUACCUGCUGCAGGUGUCUGACGCCUGUGCCCAGGAAGCCAACCUGUCCCUGUGCCUCAGCCAGGGUGUCCUCCAGAGCCUGCUGCCCCAGCUGCUCUACUGCGAGAGCCUCAGGCUGGACAACAACCAGUUCCAGGACCCCGUGAUGGAGCUGCUGGGCAGCAUGCUGAGUGGGAAGGACUGUCGCAUCCAGAAGAUGAGCCUGGCUGAGAACCUGAUCAGCAACAAAGGGGCCAAAGCUCUGGCCAGAUCCCUCCUGGUCAACAGAAGCCUGACCGCUCUGGACCUGCGCAGUAACUCCAUUGGGUCACAAGGGGCCAAGGCCCUGGCAGACGCUCUGAAGAUUAACCGCACCCUGACCUCUCUGAGCCUCCAGGGCAACGCGAUCAGGGAUGAUGGCGCCAGGUCCGUGGCUGAGGCCCUGGCCUCCAACAGGACGCUCUCCGUACUGCACCUGCAGAAGAACAGCAUCGGGCCUGCGGGAGCCCAGCGGAUGGCCGACGCCCUGAAGCAGAACCGGAGCCUGAAGGAGCUCGUGUUCUCCAGUAACAGCAUAGGCGAUGGAGGUGCCAAGGCCCUGGCAGAGGCGCUGAAGGUGAACCAGGGCCUGGAGAGCCUGGACCUGCAGAGCAACUCCAUCAGCGACGUGGGAGUGGCAGCACUGACAGAGGCCCUCGGCGCCAACCAGACCCUCCUCCACCUCAGCCUGCGUGAGAACUCCAUCAGCCCAGAGGGUGCCCAGGCUCUGGCUCACGCGCUCUGCACCAACAGCACCUUGGAGAACCUGGACCUGACAGCCAACCUGCUCCAGGACCAGGGCGCCCAGGCCAUCGCAGUCGCAGUGGGAGGAAACCGUGCCCUCAGGUCUCUGCACCUGCAGUGGAACUUCAUCCAGGCCGGUGCUGCCAGGGCCCUCGGGCGCGCUCUACAGCUCAACAGGAGCCUGACCAGCUUAGAUCUACAGGAAAACGCCAUUGGGGACGAAGGUGCCUCGGCGGUGGCUGGCUCUCUGAAGGUGAACACGGCGCUCACAGCCCUCUAUCUCCAGGUGGCCUCCAUUGGUACCCGGGGGGCCCAGGCACUUGGCGAGGCCCUGGCUGUGAACAGAACCUUGGAGAUCCUUGACCUACGAGGGAAUGCCAUCGGGGUGGCCGGAGCCAAAGCCCUGGCAAAGGCCUUGAAGGUAAACUCAAGCCUCCGGAGACUCAACCUGCAGGAGAACUCCCUGGGCAUGGACGGGGCGAUCUGUGUGGCCACGGCGCUGUCCGGAAACCACGGGUUGCAGCACAUCAAUCUCCAGGGAAACCAGAUCGGGGAAUCUGGUGCCAGGAUGAUCUCAGAGGCUAUUAAGACAAACGCUCCCACGUGCAUGGUGGACAUGUGA